CCAAUCGAAUGGAUACAAAAUGCAAUUCAAGAACUGUUGACGUAUAUGUUUAGAGGAUUUGCAUGUGAUGACUAUGUCGGCUUAGUUCUUGAAAAUGAAGAAUUCCCCGAGCGACCUGUGUAUAUUUCUUUCCGAAAAUUAUCGCAAUACAAUGUCGCAAUGGUGAUGGAAACUAUUGCAAAUGUUCUUCAGAGCAAUCGUGCUUUCUUUGUGAAUGAUCGUUUGUCGGUACGGGUGGACAGGGUGGCUUUACCUGUGGGAAAAGGAUUUCGUACCGCCACUGAUGGAUUAGCCGUAAGUUAUGAAGAACAUUGCCUUAGUAAAAAUAGUAUAUAUGUUAUUGAAAAUGAUAACAAUAAUUGUUUGGCGUUAGCAUUAGUAGUUGCAAGAGAGUAUUGCAAUAGUAAUUUUAAAAGAUCCGCUUUAGAAAAAUUUAAAGGGAGAAACGGGAGAAAUCUUUUAGAACAGUUAGGUGUUGAGUUAUGUAGAGAGGCGGAUGUCGAUUUAGCAAAUGGAGGUAAUUACACACAUGUUGAGAAAUUUCAAAAAUAUUUGGCAAAGUAUACAGUUAUUGUAUACGACGAUAGAAUGGGUCGAUCAGUGUACUAUGUCGGUCCACGGGCUCAAGGAAAGCCAAGUUUAAAUUUGUUAUUCGAGGAAAAUCAUUUCAAUGUGAUUCUAAGCYCAACCGGAGCGUUUGCGACAGCGUAUUUCUGUGAUCUUUGCCGUGUACGAUAUUCACGUCGUGAUCGUCACAAAUCUUGCCCUUACACGUGCCCUUGUUGUUUAGAAAAACCACCUUGUAAUUUGAUUCAUAGCGAUAAAAAAUGUCAAAAUUGUCAAAGAAAUUUUCGGGGUGUCCAAUGUUUUGAAAAUCAUUUAAAAAAAAAWUUAUGCGAGAAAAUAAAAAAAUGUCCAACAUGUUUAACUUUUGUAAAAAUUGAUUCUAAAAGUUCAAAACAUAUUUGCGGAAUGAAGUUUUGCCGUACCUGCGSUGUUAACAGACCAAUAAGGCAUUUUUGUUUCAUGAAGCAAAACAAGAUUAAUGAAAAUAAGCAAAUAGACAAUCAGCAUAAUUACUUAUUCGUUUAUUACGAUUUUGAAACAAGGCAAGAAAAAAAUAUCAAUAAUGCGUACCUACACGAAAUAGAAUUCAAAUGGUUUAAAAUCGCAUAA